UUUGCAAGUUAUGUCAUGUCUGUGUGGAUUUAUUUAAUCGAAUUCGUUCCCAGAAAAGAACCAAUGUCCGAUAUUGUGGGAACAACAACAUUGUGACGUCACAGUCCCUCCUUUUCGUCCCGAAGACAACGUGGGAAGAGGUUUGAGACCUAACCCAUCAAAAUGGGUGCGUAUAAGUACAUGCAAGAGAUUUAUCGCAAGAAGCAGAGCGAUGUUAUGCGUUUUCUGCUGAGGAUCAGGGCCUGGCAUUACCGCCACCUGAGUAAGCUACAUCGUGCUCCAAGGCCUAGCCGACCUGAAAAGGCUCGUAGGUUGGGCUACAAGGCCAAGCAAGGUAUUGUUAUUUACCGCAUCCGUGUGCGCCGUGGUGGCCGCAAGCGCCCUGUGCCCAAGGGUGCUACCUAUGGUAAGCCCAAGAGCCAUGGUGUCAACCAGUUGAAACCUACAAGGAACCUUCAGUCUUUGGCCGAGGAAAGGGUUGGUCGUAGACUUGGAGGUCUAGUUGUGUUGAACAGCUACUGGGUAGCUCAGGAUUCCACAUACAAGUACUAUGAAGUGAUUUUGUUGGUCCCCACUCACAAGGGCAUUCGCCGUAACCCCACAUACAACUGGGCGUGCAAACCACAACACAAGCAUCGUGAACUGCGCGGAAAGACUUCAGCUGGCCGCAAACACAGAGGUCUUGGAAGAGGCCAUCGCUUUGCCCACACGAAGGGAGGAUCACGUCGCGCCAAUUGGCUAAGAAAGAAUACUUUGAGUCUUCGCCGAAGGCGUUAGGCUAUUAUUAUUAUUUUGUGAUUCCAUCUGGGGUCCAAUUAAAAGAAAAAAAUACAAA